UGGCAAUUUAUGCUAUUCUGAAUCCAAUGUUUUGUCAGACAAUAAAUAGACAACUUGCUUGUUUGUGUUCAAUAUUUUUUUAUCGCAUAUUGCAUUUCCUCGUUUGCAAUAUUUAUCCAAAAAUGACCUAAUUUUUUUUUGCUAUAUUUGAAUUUUAUUCUUUUCUCUGAGCAUAGAUUGCUUUGUCGCAUUUUUCGAUUCCCAGAUUCAGAGACCUCCAACAACCUUGUCAUUAUUGCAUAUAAACUCUCUGGCUUACGCAGAAGAAACUACAUGCUUUGAUAAGGGCCUUUAUAAAUCGCAUUAAUUGAUGAACAGAUCUAAAGAAGCCUUAGCGUGCUUGAGUUUCAGCUGAUCUAGGAAGAUUCAUGUUCUCGGACUCGGAUAUAGAUAGAUAGAUCUAGAUAACAGAGGCAUUCUCAAGUUAAGUCCAAACCCAACACCAAACAUUUCUCUUGAGGAGGCCGUUUGUACACAGUCCGUCUCAGUAAACAUUUCUUGAGAGCUAUUAUUAUGAUUUCAUAUUUAUGAUCUCUUCUUGCACCUUUAAUUUGAGUUGAGAACAAAACAGUCAAGUAAUUCUACGUUCUUUUAUUACACACGUCUUAAUCAUAAAAACAAAAGUUAAACGCCAUUUUGAUACAUUCUGUCAAUCAGAACAAACACUGGAACGGCUCAUAAAAUUCAAAAACGAGAUUGACUGGGCGACUGCAAAAAAUCCAGAUCCAAGUUGAUAGACAAUUCAUUUAUCGACUCAUAGACUAGCAGCUGAUCCAAGGAAGUGCGCUCAUCUGUCGCAAGCUGGACGAGAGAAACCAGAAAAUCGCCCAAUACCUACGAAUAAGAGGUGUCGCUGAAUUGCAUCAGCUCAUCCACAACUGCUCAACUUGGACCCUUGACAUCCUGAAACCAUGAAGAUUAAUCUCGCCAGAAGUGUAGUGUCAGCAAUGUUAGUAUUGUCCCUUUCUGGAUUGACAUCAGGGGCACCCUAUUCCUCCUCUGGCAGUGACCUUCUCCUGUCUUGGCCCAAGAACCAGACUGUGAAGUUGGGGUCAAAAGUCACACUCAAGUGUGCGGCUGAUGCGAGGGACACGGAAGUUGACUGGUUUCACAACGGAAACAAAAUUGCCCAUUGGGAGCAGGAGUGGCAGCAGGAGACUGUGAUUGAGGCUGGGAAGAGUGUGAAGGCUGUGAGUGUGCACGUGCUCUCCUUCUCCGCCCAGGUGGAACCCAUCAAGACCACUGGCAUCUAUGGCUGCACCCUCACCAAUUCCAAGGGCACUCAGUGGAAGUCAGACAACUCCUCUGUCGACAUAUCAACCAAUGAAAACUUUGUCAAAGUGCCAGAAGACAAAACAGUUCUGUGGGGUGAGAUUGCGACUCUGUCCUGUCAGCUGAAAACUUCCUUUCAACGAGGAGGGAGCACUACUAGGUGGUUCCACAACGGAGUACAGAUAGAUGUGUCGGCAGACUCCAGAAUAAGUUCGGAUCAGUUCGGACUGCAGAUAAGGAAUGUGGAGCCGAGAGACGAGGGCUCCUACUUUUGCGUGGCUUCUAAGCCCGGCUCCGACAACUUCAACAGUUCAAAUGGGUUCAUUAAAGUCGUCUACCCCCCUCGGGUGGACAUGAAUGGGGUGAUGGUGCAGACUGGGUUCGUUUCGCAGAGUGUGGUGUUGAGUUGUCCCAUGAUUGGACAGCCCAGAGUGUCCUGCUACUGGAGCAGAGUAGGCGGCACUGAAAUACCAGCCACCAGGGCUAUGCAGACUGACAACAGACUGGCGAUUGGACAUGUGCAGAGCAGUGACCAGGGCGAGUACAUGUGUCAGUGUCACAAUGAGUACGGGGAGAACAGAGUAGUGAUCAAACUACAAGUGCCCACAAUUCUGGAGUUUGCCACUAAGCCAGUGGACACAGUGGCACUCAUUGGGCACUCAGUGCAUAUACCCUGUUUGGUCAGCAGCACAGUCGGCCACGAGCACGGAGUCACUAUUGUGUGGGAGAGGAAGGAACGACCAUCUGACCUCAUUUUUCAAGGGGAGACAUUGGAAAACAAAGAGGUGUUGCAGAAUGGGACUCUGAUCUUGAGAAACGUCACUGCAGACGACAGGGGGUACUACAUCUGCAAAGCACUGCAGCCAACUGCCAAUGCACAACAGAUAGACGAAACGAUAUUCGUCGAAGUCAGAAGCCACUCGAACCUGCGUCCUCCCAUUAUAACCAUAGCACCCUUCAACCACUCUAUGCAGGUGGGGGGCAGACUGCGACUGCCGUGUGCUGCUAGUAGUGAGAGUGCAGUCACCAUAACCUGGCGAUUCGUGAACGAGGCUUGGAAUGCUAUAGGCAACACCAGAACUAGAGACAACAGCAGGCAUUUUGAAAUUAAUCAAAGGAUCAACACGGAGAACAAUGGGGCGCUGGUAGUGAGUGAUGUGAGACACGAGGACAGUGGCAUGUACAAGUGCAUAGCAUCCACUAGUCAAGGCACCACCGAGAGAUACGCCGUCAUCACAGUCAAAAAAGACGGCCUGAAAGAAUCUCCCAGUCCCAAAAAACUUCCUAUGCCAGUGGGAAAGCCGAUCAUCACCCAUGUCACACAGGAUUCCGUCACCUUAGUUUGGUACCCUGGUGAGAACCAGAGUCCGGAGUAUGCGGUGGAAAUGUACAGCUACGAAACACAUGUGUUCGCUUGGCACACUGUUGGUGAUAGAGCAGUGUCGCCAAAAUUGAUGAUCGGCCAGCUAGCCGCGCAUGAAGACUAUGAGUUUCUAGUUAGAGGAGUGAACAAUCUGGGGUUCGGACUGCCCAGUCCAGUUUCAAGCCGAAUUCGAACAGUUGAACGCAAUACAGACGCUGCUAUGACUGGAAUCCGACCAGAUGACAUCAAGCCACAGAUAGAAUUGGUGGAAGUGGAGGCACUCGAAGGAACUGCAGUGAACUCGACUAGUGCGUGGAUCCAGUGGAAUGUCCUCCACAACUCAUACUUUGUCCAGGGAUUCACAAUCAAGUACGCCGAGCACGAUGGAGGCAACAACUUCCAGCCUCAGAACUACAAGGUCAUAGAGGUUAAUGACCCCUAUGCUAGAGCGAUGCUUGUGACUAGCCUUGACCCCUGGUCUUCUUACAUGGCAUCGAUACAACCUUACUACGAGUCGGUGCCUGGACUGGAUUCGGCUCCUAUUUUCUUCACAACUCCCGAAGGCACGCCACGAGAUGUAGUAGAUAAUAUCAUUUUGAAACUGAUGUCAGGUGGCAGAUAUUUGGUCACGUGGUCUGAGCCAAAGAGACAGCGCGAAGGGCAUGUUGUUGGAUACAGCGUCGCUCUUUAUUUCGGCGACUCCGACACGCCUCUGCAGACUCUGAACACCAGCGAGACUCAGUGCACGUUCACUAUAGUCGAACAACAGAACGAUUUCCGAGUUUCAAUCGCUGCCAGGACAAAAGCGGGUGUUGGAGUUUUCUCGCCUCUUGUAGCCCCGAAAGCCGGCGGCGGUACUACUGAUGGUACUUCCUGGAUUGUGGCCCAUCCAUGGGUGCUAGCUAUUGCUGGUGCCAUAGUGUGGAUAGCUUUGGCCAUAAUUUCGGUACUUAUCUGGAGAAGAAAUAAAAAAGGUCAUUACAAAAGUGUAAAUGUGAAGCUAGAACAGUCACUGCAGCCUCCGAGUGAGUACGCGGGUGGUCAGUGGCAAGUCAUUUUACCUGCCAGUGCCCAGAGAAAUUUGACCCUGAUGAAUGGCUCAUACAUGGGCCCGGGACCUUCGGGCACUCUAUGUCCACAACCGACCAUGGCCACUUCACAAGGAAUGGAGAUGAAUCACUUCAUGGGUGGGACUAUGGCCAUGAAUACGAUGCCAAUGAGUAUGAAGAAUGGGAAUAGUUCCAACUACGCCGCCCAACCAGAAUGUUACCAGCCACUUGUUGUGAACAUCGCAGGACAAAAGAACCCAAACGAGGGCGUAUACCAGUGCGGAGACUGCUAUGAGGAGUGCCAGUCCAUGCCACAGUGCAAUAACAACCCCCACUCGCAUCAUGGCCCCUCUCACCCUUCCUCACAAAACAAUGAACCCCACCCUUCUAACAGUUGCACAGCCACACCAUAUACAUGCAAUCAGGGGGACCACCGCGACCCACCAACCCACUUAGGAAUAGUUUAUCACCCUAACUCAUCGCCACCUGAUUACCAACCCUACCAAUCUCAGAGCAACCCGCCCGGCUGUAAAUUUGCGACUAACCCCAACAGAUAUCAACCCACCCCUCCCCCCAGAUCACCCGAACAUUUGUACAACGAGCUGGACCAGCCCAAACAAAUAUCAGGUGCCCAGAGCCUCCAUCAUUACGAAGUCUACGAUGCAGAGUUACUGCAACAGUCACUCGCCAAUUCGCCAUCGAACAUGCAAGGAUACCACCACACACAACAGAACCCUAACACGCCAAGUAGAAACAACCCCGCCCACCUGCAUAGCAUGAUGAACAUGCCUGCUCACCUUUCGACUAGCCAAUUUAAUGCAGGUCCGCAACAAGCACAUCACCAGAGUUUGACGCAACAAUCACCACCAACUCAGAAUCGAGUAUGUCCUCGAAUGGGUUUGUCGGGUGUAAACAACAGGGCAAACAACCUAACCAACAACAACAUCUGCAAUGACAAUUCAAACCAAUACGUGAACACUGCUUUAAACCGAGCCUCAGGAGUGCCAAUGUUGACUACGACAACAAAUGUCAAUUUGAUUUGAGCAGAAAUAAACAAAACUAGCGAAGAGACAAAAUUGUGUCACAAAAAUUGAAAGGGAUUGUGAAAUUAAAUUUAUCAGUCUGCCCAUGAAGUCGAAGUUAAAAACUUAAUAAACGACCUUUCAAAUACGGUGCUGCUAUAAAAUUAGAAUUACAAGUUCAUAUUAGAAUGUGCAGAUUAGAAAUCAUUCAUUCAAUUUUUAGCAAAAAAUCCUUUUUAUGAUCUAUCUGUACUUAACUAAGAUAAUUUGACGUUGGUAGCUAAAAUUUCUAACUUAAAACGAUGCCGUUGUUUAUACCAACAAAUUAACGUUGUUUGAUUCUGCCUUAAAGUUUGCUAUAGUUUUUAUUUUGUUUAUCUCAUAACUUGCAAUGCAGCUUGAUUGAGCCUUAUCUCGACAAAGUGUUUUUGUAUAUUGUACAUUAAGCUCACCUUAAUUAAUUAUCUAAUGGAAUUGCAAGUAGUUUGACAAAUUCAGCUUGUUAUACCAA